UUCAACGAGCAACGAUGGCAGUUAGCCAGAGGUUUUAGUGCCGCUAAGCAGAUGAACUAAUCAGUCAUUAGUAUUCGGCCAGCACGCUUCGAGAGUAACGACAUUGAAAACCCGUUUUGGGAACAACAAACCGAUAUCACUCACUAGAUACAAAACGAAAACAAAUAGUACUAAAGAUGUCAGAGGACUCUUCAAAGGGAGCUAUUAACAAUGGCUACGAACUGGAUCAUAAACAGCUGGAAAUUCACGAUUCUGAGGAAUUCAAGGAACUUCCGCUGGAAAACAUUAAGGAGGUGUCAAAGAAAGGGGGAUAUUUCGAUGACAAUCCGAAAGUUGCUCGUUUAGUGAGGAUCUCGCUUUAUAUUCUCCUGCAUCUCGUUGUUGUGGGCUACUUUUCAUAUGCCACCUACCACUAUCACGAUAUUUCCAAUUAUGAGUGCACCUGGUCAAGCACAAACAAGCUGUGUGGAAUCAACUUCUGCACCGGCUAUGGAAUGCUUCUGCUGCUCUUGGGCUUCAUCUAUAUUGGUCUAUUUUACUUCUACAUUUUCAAGCCAUUCGUAGGACACAGCCUGCACAGGAACUUCAUAAGGCCCUGGUCCAAGAAAUGGCACAGAAUCACCAGAACAAAGAUUGUGUCGCUGUCGACCAUCGCAGUGCUGCUGGCCCUUUUGGCCAUCUUCGUGUACUUCGAGACGCGGGACGAUCCGCAAAAGCUGGCUUCCCUGGUGGCUCCGUGCUUCUUCAUCCUGUGCGGCUACGUGUUCUCCACGAAGCGCAGUGCCAUCAAGUGGAGGAUCGUGAUCACCGGGAUCACGUGCCAGUUCCUGCUCGGCAUCUUCUGCAUCCGCUGGGAGGUGGGCCGGAAAAUCUUCGAGUGCUUGGGCAACAAGGUGGCCACCUUCCUGGGCUACGCCACCGACGGAGCCGUCUUCGUGUUCGGCGACUUCCUAGUGGAGAACAAUGUGUUCGCCUUCGCUGUCCUGCCGGUGAUCUUCUUCUUCAGCUUCUUCAUCUCUAUCCUGUACUACAUGGGCACGAUGCAGUGGGUGGUGAUCAAGCUGGGCUGGAUCCUGCAGUCGCUCCUGGGCACCACGGUCUGCGAGAGCGUGACGGCGGCGGCCAACAUAUUCCUCGGCAUGUCCGAGAGCCCGCUGCUCAUCCGGCCGUACAUCAACAAGCUGACCAAGAGCGAGAUCCACAGCAUCAUGGUCUCAGGCUUUGCAACGGUAUCCGGAUCGGUCCUGGCGGCCUACCUCUCCUUUGGUGCCUCCGCCGCCCACUUGAUCAGCUCCUCGGUGAUGGCAGCCCCCGCCACGCUGGCCAUCUCGAAGCUCUACAUGCCGGAGACCGAGGUGAGCCAGACCUCCUCGGACUCCAUCGCGCUGGAGAAAUCGCAGGACUCUUCCAUUCUGGAUGCAGCGGCUAGUGGAGCCACCAACGCCGUGCCGAUUGUCCUCGGAAUAAUUGCCAACAUAGUGGCCUUUGUGGCCUUCAUCACCUUCCUGAACGGCGUCGUUAACUGGUUUGGAUUUUUAGUGGGUCUGGACCAAAUCGACUUUGAGUGGAUCUUUUCCAAGCUGUUCAUCCCACUGGUCUGGGCGAUGGGAGUGCCGUGGGAGGACUGCGACAUCAUUGCCAAGGUGGUGGCCACCAAAACCAUUAUCAACGAGUUUGUGGCCUACGAGCGUCUGGGUCAAUAUAUUGAAAAUGACGAUAUCACUGCCCGAAGUGCAGGAAUUGCCACUUUUGCGAUCUGCGGCUUCGCCAAUCCCAGUUCUCUGGGCAUCCUCAUCGGAUCCCUCAGUGCCAUGGCUCCCCAUCGCCGCUCCACCAUCACAGCGGUGGCUUUCCGAGCCUUUGUGGUGGGCAGCAUCGUCUGCUUCAUUUCAGCCAGCUUUGCAGGCAUCCUUAUACAAGAGGCCGACGAGAGGGCCAACUACAGCAGGAUAUUCCAGAAAUUGGGACGGAGAAAUGCCACACAGUUUUAGUUCCUUCCCGUUUUCGAUCGUGAUAAUUAGCUGAUCAAAUUAAGAAAAAUAAACAUAGUUCUUAUUUAUUAAAUAAAUGUUGUUGCUAAGAGUGUAACCAAGUA